UCUCUCAUUACCCGGCGUUCAACAGUCCACGGAUUGUUAACUGUGCUCUCUCUCCGUCUCUCCCAUUCUUGUUGGCCGAUGCUGCACAGCCGAGGAGCGUGACAGGAUUGACUCGGCCAGGCAAAUUUCAAAAAAGACCUAACCCUCCUCUUAAAACCCAAACGGGGACUCCCGAAAUCCCUUCCCUCGCUUAUGCAGAGAUCCCCUCUCGCGUCUUCCUCGCGCGACAAUUUUUCUCUUCUCAUUCCGGAGUGUGCUAUAUCUUAUGCUCAAUCCAUUCCGAUUGCCUUGCUCUUCCACGAAGGUUUGUUGCACUGUUACUAAUCUCGCAGCGGUGAUAUGGAGCCUUGAUUAGGGCGCUGCGUUACUUUACUUGUUUGUGGAUUCUGGCGAUUUGCAAUGGGGAGGGAUGGGGAGUACUCCGAGGGGGCUAAGGUUUAUGAGUCGAAGAAAGAGAAGAAGCGGCGACUAUUGAUGAACAACGACUCUGAGUCGGAGGAUAUCGUGAUCACUCCGCGAGUGGAGAUCUUUCAGGCUGGGAAUGGUGUGACUAGUGGGAGGCGGAACACAGUGCCAGAGAAGGGCGGUAGUAGACAGAAGGGUUUGAUGAGAGGAGAUGUGGUGAAGAGGAAGUUGGGUGGUGAGGGAAGUACAGGAAAUUUUGUGGAGGCGAGGUCUGAUGGGAGUGUGAAGAUUAUUGUUGCUCAGCCUGUCGGUGAGGAUCUAAGAUUGGAUUCUGUGGAUUCUGUGAAUUCUGCGGGAAAGCAAAUAGAUACAGCUGAGGGGAUCGGCAAGAGCUUGGAACCACUGAAGCUUAGUAAUAACAUUACGGACAGUGCCAAGGAAAAGGUCUUGGAGUCAAAGUACUACAGGAAGAGGAGUGCGGGGACAGGUGAUGAUGAAUUUAGCAGGAAGAGAACAAAAACAGAAAAUAUGGACUCAGUUGACAACCAAACUGAGAAGUCCGCAGAAGACAAUAAAAUUACGGGCAGCAGCAAGGGUGGUAUUCAGGUUUCCAAUCUGUCUGUCCCUGGAGCCAAACAUACGGAAGAGGACUGCUCAAGUGAGGGAAAGUUACAGCAGAGUUCAAGAACUGAGGCAGAUGCUGUUAGGCGGCCAGGACGACCUUGUAAGAGAGAAUCCCGAAAUGUGAAGGAUGCCAGAUCAUCUGAUGUUGCCAUAAAAAAGGUGGUGAGUGAUGGUGAAAGUUCACGGCACAGCUAUAUUAGGAGGCAGGGUAAAAGCGGUGUUUUAAGUGUUUUAAAAGGCAGUGAAAAGUUCGUUGGCUCUGAAAAUGCUAAUGCUGAGUUUAAGGGGCAAAAAAUUGCAAUGAGAUUGAGAUCUUCAGGCAGUAACAGAUUCAUUGAAUCAAACCAUCAGCGACAGGGAGAAGUUCACAAGAAAUCAAUCUCCAAUGUCAAGCCGCUUAAGGGCGCAGGAAAAGUUUCUUCAGAAAAUACAAGCAAAUCAAAUGAUUCUAAUGUAAAUCAGGAAAAUAUAUCUCAAAAUAAAGGAUCAAAGAAUGCGGAUUUGUUUCAUGGCAAUAAAUCUGGCCUGGUGGCCAUUAAUAAGAAAAAUGACAAUGUGUCAGAUGAAAGUCGUAGUGCAGUUAAAAAUAAACUCCGGGAACAGAUAAAAAGCAUUCUUUUUGGUGCUGGCUGGACAAUUGAGUUUAGGCCUAGGAGGGGUAGAAACUAUGAAGACUCCGUCUAUGUUUCACCUCGCGGUACAGGUUAUUGGUCAAUCACCAAAGCUUAUGCCGUAUACUUAAGUCAAAGUAAAAGCGCCCCUGAUAACAAGGAAGAUUCUGAAAAAGAAACUAAAGCUCCUGCUGGAAAUGAUGGUGACUCCAAAGAAAGAAAUUCUACAUUUGCUGUUAUACCCCCAGAGGUCUUACACAUGCUUAAAAGGAAUGUGGUUAAUAAAAGAAGGCGUAAAAUGGAAAUGGAAGAUAUUAAACAUAAGGUUGGAGGCGGCAAGAGAAAAAAAAAGGCCAAGGAAAACACCAAAUUAAAAUACUCUAAAGAUAAAAGAAAUAGGGAUGUUGUAGGAGGAAUGAGAUCCAUAAAGAGGAAAGUAACAGUAAGAAAUAGCAAAAGAAGGGGUUGUGCUCUUUUGGUUCGGGGCCUUAACCAAGAUGAAGGAUCAGAAAAAGGUGAUCAUGCUCCAUAUGUUUGGAAAAGAACAAUUCUUUCAUGGAUGAUUGAUUUGGGAGUAGUACCGGCCUAUGGAAAAGUGAAGUACAUGAACAAGAGGAUGGCAAAGCCAUUGCUGGAUGGACGGAUUACAAGAGAUGGGAUUCAGUGCAGCUGCUGUAGUAAAAUUUUUACUGUAUCAAAGUUUGAGAUUCAUGCUGGCAGUAAGCUGCAUAGGCCAUAUGAGAAUAUAUGUAUGGAGGUAUCUGGUAUAUCUCUUUUGCAGUGCCAAAUAAAUGCGUGGGAAAAGCAGGAGGAGUCCACAAGUUGCAUAUUUUAUGAUGUAGACACUGAAGGGGAUGAUCCAAAUGAUGAUACAUGCGGCAUCUGUGGAGACGGUGGUAAUCUGAUCUGCUGUGAUAGCUGUCCUUCAACUUUCCAUCUGUCCUGUUUAGGCAUAGAGAUGCUCCCCACCGGAGAUUGGCACUGUGCCAAUUGUUCUUGCAAAUUUUGUGGUGCGGUGCAUGAUUCUGUAUCUCAAGUUGAGGAUGCAUCUAAUGUUUUAUUUACUUGCUCACAAUGUGCACGAAAAUGUAAGUGAUUGUGUUCCAGAGGACGACGCCCUAACGCUCUUUCUACUGCUCCCAAAAGCUCCGGCAAUGUGUUUUGUGGGCGAAAUUGUAGAAAGGUGUUCAGGAAGUUGCAGAAGCUUACUGGUGUCAGGAAUGAGUUGGAGGCAGGAUUUUACUGGAGCAUGGUUAGGCGGUUUGAAGACCCUUCCAAACCUCUAUCUAGAAUGGCUCAAGCAGUAGAAAGCAACUCUAAGAUUGCUGUUGCCUACGCUGUUAUGGAUGAGUGCUUUGUACCUAUAACUGAUCAGAGAAGUGGUAUUAAUCUGAUUCACAAUGUUGUGUAUAACUGCGGGUCAAAUUUCAAUCGUCUGAACUUCAGCAGCUUUAAUACUUUUAUUUUGGAGCGAGGUGAUGAAAUUGUUGCUGCUGCAUCUGUCAGGAUAUACGAUACGAGCUUAGCGGAAAUGCCUUUCAUUGGCACAAGAUCUAUCUAUAGACGUCAAGGGAUGUGUCGAAGACUUCUUCAUGGAAUUGAAUCUGCGCUACGUACCCUUUGUAUUAAAAAAUUGAUUAUUCCUGCGAUAUCCGAGCUAACUGACACGUGGACUACUGUUUUCGGAUUUGAGCCACUUGGGGUUUCUCAAAGCCAAGAAUUAAAGUCUGUAAACAUUUUGGUUUUCCCUGGCACUGGUUUGCUUCAAAAGUCUUUGCUAAAUGACUCAACAAAGAAGCAUUCAAUUCUCGAGUCCGAAAACAAAUCUGAAACCCAGAUCUCUUUUGAGGCAGGCAUGAACUGUUCACCUGAAGAGCCCAUGGAUAGCAAAGCAUCAAAAUGCAAUACAGAACCCAUAGAACCCAACGUACCUGUUUUAGAUCACUCUAAUUCUAAUUUCAUAGCAGAAGAAUCUGGUUGUCAUGCUCAGUUUUGCAGAUCUUCUGAUAGUGCCGCAAAUGCUGAAUCUAAUAACCUAAACGCAGAUUCCUGUGAAAACCCUUUAGAAAAAGAUACAUCUCUAAGAAAUUUUUCAAGUGAGUCAGUUCCAUGUAAUGAAGAACCUAAGAAAGAGCCUGAACCUGUGAUGAUUGCUCUACCUUGCUUUCCACACCCUGUUUCUGAGUUUCUACAUGGAACUUCUGGAACUGAGUCGACUGUUCCAGAUGUAUUUGAAAACUGUAAUUCUGAUAAAGAUCGGAUGAAGCUCGAAGAUAAACCUCCUAGCAAUGGAAUACCACAUGAUCCUAAUCCCAAAAAAUGUGAAUUUAUUGAAGCUGAUGAAGAUAGGACACAUAAAUCUAAUGAAGUGAAAGUUAGGCCUGAUACCAAUGGACUAAAUUCGAAUGUAAAUCAAGAUAGCAUUGACACAUCGAUUGAUGUUGUGAGACAUUCAAAUGUUUCUUCUGAGGAGGACAUUCAUAUAUCUUCCUCAGUUUGUGAAAAUGGAUCAGGGGCUAAUCCUAAACCUUACAGUGUAGCUCCCAGUGAGAGAUCUUCUCAGGGAAAGUCUCAGUUUCUUCAGCCAGCAGUUAGUGAUUCUGCCAAAGGCCUUGUUGGCACCAAUUCUACAACUGAUGAUUUGUUGAGCAAACCAGAAGCAUCAAAUCCAGAAAAAAAUUUAGGUUAAUCAAGCAUCCAAGAUGGUGAAGUAUCUCUAGAUGUCUUGAAUUUUGUAGAGGCUCGUUAAAGUUGUUUUAAAUAGUGAUAGAUAGAUAUGUAUAUUCUCAAUUGGUGGAGCUUCGAGGCAUCGAGCAGGCUUUUAUGGAACUUGAGCUGAAUGCAUCAAUCGCACGAAGCAUUGCCUGUGUGGGAAGCGGGCAACGACGAGCGGCUUGGGGGAGCAACGAGGCAGUGGGCAAGAGGCGGGCAGGUUGCUGGCGGUAGCAAAAGAAUCGGGGCUAACGGCUGGCUGCGAGCUCCUGAAGGCGUAGGCAUCAUUGCUGUCGUCGAGCGGCCAUCGGCAGGCAACAGGCGGCAUGCUGCGGGUGACGGAGCCUCGCACAGGCGAAUAUGAAAUCUAAAGUCCAAAACCAAAAUCUUCGAAUUCAAAGCCGUGCGAAGCUUCAACUUCAAGCCCUAAUUGUGGCUCUCCGCACUCCAAUCAUAACUCACAACAGGUCUACUUGGGGCAUCUCGGCUCUCGCCAGUCGCCUCGCUGCCAUCAAUCUGUGAUGUUGGUGAUCUUGACACGGAGUAAAGGAAACAACAUUUUAGUAUUGUCUAGCCCCAAGAACUAAAAUUUUUGUUUUUCUUCCUUGAGCACUUGAUCAAGAGCCAAGGUAUUUACUUAUUUAUAUUUUGCUGCAUUAACUCAUGCCUAAAACUGAUGAUGAAUUUGUUGCAUUUUUUCUUUGUAAAUGGUUUAGCUUAUUGCACUUUGCCUUACAUUA